GUAACGUCUCAUCUCUCCAUCUCCUCACCGAUUCGCUCUUUUUCGUCACUCAUUUCGACCCACUCACUAACCGUCUGCAACACCGUUCAUGGCUGCCGCUUCGCUGCUAGGACCGUCUCCUUCCCCCAUCUCGUCCCCUCGCCGCCUCCUUCCCUCUUCCCUUCGCCUUUCUAGAGCCCCUCCUGCUCGAUUUCGUCGCUCGUUUGCUGUCCCCGCCGCUUCUUCCUCCCCCACCUCCCCUCUGGAAGCUCUCAUCUUCGACUGCGACGGCGUCAUCCUCGAGUCGGAGCACCUCCACCGACAGGCCUACAACGAUGCCUUCGAUCACUUCUUGGUCCGCUGCCCCUCCUCCUCUUCGUCGCAGCCGCUGCACUGGGACUCCGAUUUCUACGACGAGCUCCAGAAUCGAAUCGGCGGUGGGAAGCCCAAGAUGAGAUGGUACUUCAAGGAAAAUGGAUGGCCUUCUUCUUCGAUCUUUGAGACACCUCCGUCCAGCGAUUCUGAAAGGGAGAAGUUGAUCGAUGUCAUCCAGGACUGGAAGACUGAAAGAUACAAAGACAUAAUCAGGUCUGGUUCUGUAGAGGCUCGACCUGGUGUCCUGCGGCUGAUGGAUGAUGCCAAGGGUGCGGGUAUUAAAGUUUCUGUUUGCUCUGCAGCAACUAAGAGUUCGGUUAUUUUGUCACUUGAAAAUCUUCUUGGACUCGAGAGAUUUCAAAGUCUUGAUUGCUUCCUUGCAGGUGACGAUGUCAAAACAAAGAAGCCUGAUCCCUUGAUUUAUGUUACAGCUGCAAAGAAACUAGGUGUGCAAGCAAGCAACUGCUUGGUAGUGGAGGAUAGUGUUAUUGGGCUACAGGCAGCUACUGGAGCUGGAAUGUCAUGUAUAAUUACUUACACAUCUUCUACUGCAAAUCAGAACUUCAGUGAUGCAAUUGCAACAUAUCCAGAUUUAAGUGAUGUCAGGCUUGAAGAUCUUAUAUUGUUACUUCAAAAUGCUCUGAUUGCUGCAAGCUAGUUGGAUCAAUCUGAUACGGCCAAUGAAAUAUAAUUUGGGCCAUGGUGCACUCCAGACACUGAGGACUGAGAUGAUUUUUUAAUUGCAAGUCUCAAAGAAACUGGGAUUUAAGUCUGGCAUGAAACUAUAUAAAAUAUUCUCUUUUAUAAACUUUGAAAGUUGUUAAAUUGGGUUGCAAGAGUAGUGUUGUAUAAAACAUUUCAUUUAAUUUUAAAAAAAAUAUUCGGAAAUA